CCCCCCCCAUCAUAAAAUCAGAUUUGGAUUCGUCGAACACACUGCACUCCUUCAAUAUGAUGAAAAACCGUUUGCUUUAUAAAAAAUAAUCGCUAGCUCCCAGCUAACUAACGUCUUAUUGAGACUAAGCAUUUUGAAGAGCAUUUUGUACUCUUGCUAGCUUGCUGGCAAACUUUGAACAUGUUUACGGAUGAAACGCUUGACUUAAUUGGUGCUGAAUCGACAUGGAGAAAGUCACAUCAGCAAACACAAGAAUCAAGAAGCUGUCAAACUCUUCCAGUUCACACAGCAGAGGCUGAAACUCAAGCCAAAGAUGUGUUGGAAAACAGCACCCAGACACAAGACCCGAUCAGCCAAACACUCGCCCUAGAUCGAGACAUUGCGGACUUUCCUGGAUUGGUGGAGUUCUUGCGUAGAGUUGAAGAUGUGGUUAUCAGAGAGCUGGUGAAAAACUCCAAGAGUCACGCUUUUGAUGGGUUCGAGGUGAACUGGGGGGAUCAGAAUGAGUCGGUGUCCUGCAUGUACCGCCUUCAGCAUGUUGAUGCUCAGGAAAGGGGUCUGCAAGUCACCAGUGUGUCCUGGAACUGCACUGGCUCGGUCAUAGCCUGUGGAUUUGGCCGUGUGGAUGAUGGUGAUUGGAGUAAUGAGAAGGCUUCUGUGUGCACGUGGAACCUGGACCGGCAGAACCUGAACCCAAUGCGGCCAGACGUGAUCAUUGAUGUGGCCACUCCCAUCAUGUGUUUGUGCUUCCAUCCUGUGAGGCCGUCUGUAUUUGCUGGGGGGCUGUACAGUGGCGAGGUGGUGGUCUGGGACACCAGCCGCUCACAGGACCUGAUUUUGGCUCAGACAGGAAUGUCUGCAGACACCCACCGUGAACCAGUUUAUCAGGUAAACUGGGUCCCAGGAGCUCGCCGAGGGGAGUUUGUUGUUCUGAGCGCCGGUUCAGGAGGAAGAGUUCUGUUGUGGACUGUUGAUGGAGCCGAAGCCAAACUCACCUUGAGUUCUGGAUAUGCCCUUGUCCCACAGCAAAUGCCUCAGAGUGGAGCAGCAAGCAAAAUCCGAGGUAGCACCACUAUAGGAGUAACCUCUGUUGCACUUUCCCCGUGGGACCUGGACACAUUCUUGGUGGGCUCAGAAGGAGGCCUUGUGCUCAAAUGUUCCUUCAGCAGUGGGACAGUAGCAGCAGUGCCCCCUGAUGGUGAGAGUGUGACUCUGCGCAACCCAAUGCAGUUCUCCUUCUCACCACGAAGGGGUCCUAUACACUCAGUCCACUUCUCACCCUUCCACAGGAAUCUGUUUGUAAGCGUCGGGACAGAUGGUUUAGCUCAUCUGCACAGUGUGCUCCAGCCACACCCCCUGCUGUCUAUACGGGUGUCCGAUUCAUAUGUGUUUUGGGUGAGGUGGUCACCUACGCGCCCUCUAGUCUUUGCUGCAGUCACAGGACAAGGUUUGGUCCAAAUGUUUGAUUUGGGUAGAAGAUCUUUAAGGCCAACCUCCACAAUUGAUCAGAACACAGGAGGCCAGCCAGCUUAUUGCCUGGAGUUCAACCCCAAACACACAAAUCUGAUGGCAGUGGGCAACGCAGAUGGUAGCGUCAACAUCUGGCAGCUCAGUGCAGAGCUAACGGAACAAGGUGCAAAGGAGACGGCAGUACUGGAACAGCUGGCCAAUGAGGUGACAGACUGAGACUGUUUAAGAUUGCUUGUAACUUGUAUAUAUGCAUUUCAUGUUAAAACUGUAUUUAUGCUCCUAAUAAAAAUACACCGACAACA